GCGGCAGAGAAGGAGGAGGAGAAAGAAGAAGAGGAGGCGGCGGCGGCGGAAGCGCGACGGAGGAGAAGGAGGUGGAGGAGGGAAAGGAAGAGGAGAAGGAGACGGCAAAGACGAAGAAAUUCGAGAGGGGAGAGUGCCGGAGAUCAGAGUGGGGAGGACAAGGUAGUAGAAGGAACAAGGAGAAAAGACGGCUGUGGUAGGGGAAACGGCGAGAAUAGAGUAGAGAAACGGAGGCAGCGCGCUGAGCCACGAGGGGCUAUUCGAGCGAGAAGGGGAGGGGUGACAAGGAACCCUGGCGGGGAGGGGACGCGGAGGCCUUCGGGGGGCCGACCAACCAGACGGCCGAUGAUGUCAUCGGGGGAGGAGACCGAGUAUUUCGCCCCCUACGGAGCAACUACGGAAAGCAAGCAACAGCGACUCCAGAAGAAGCAGAAGCGCACCAGACAGCGCGUGGACGCCGGCGAGCCGCGCAACAACUACUCGAGUAUACCGCACUUCACCUCCCGGCCAUCCUUCCACAGCGGUGGUCUGUACGGUUCUAUCUUCGGCGGCAGCGGACCAACGCACCAGCAACAACAACAACCACAAUCGCAGCAACAUCAUCAGUCGCAAGCGCAACAACAACAGCAACAACAACAACAGCUUCAGCAGCCUCAAGCUGGAGCGGCAAGCAGUCAAGGUCAUUUAAGCACAGCUACCACGGGUCCUAGCACUCAGCAGCAUUCCGCCCACGCGGCUUUUGGCUUUUUCGGGGCACCGGGUUACGGCCCCGCCAAGAUGUUGAACGAGCUACUCGGACGACAGGUCAAACAGGCCAGUGACGCUGGUGGCUCACCGCCAGAGGGCGGCCACGGAAUGACUGGUGCCGGCAUGGACCCCGCUGCUAAUUUGCAAUCCGGUGCUGUAGUUAAUUGCGACGAUCCCGCCACCGCCGAGCUCACGCAGCACAUGCUCCGCGAUAUACUCCAAGGGCGCAAAAUCUCCGCGCUCGCGCUGCAAGAACAGCCAAACAACAACAACAGCAUACACAGUAACAACAACAACACCACAGCGGAUCUACUUAAAUCUCAACAACAUCAUCAGAGCCCUCAACAGCAUCAACAACAAAACAGUGAUAGUGCACGUAGUGGAACAGUGCAGAGUGGUGGAGAGGAAAGUGGUGAUGGAAAUAACGUCGUGAAUAACGCGAAUCACAGUGAUCGUGAUACGGUGAUGCCGGGCGAUGCCGAGGAUAGCGCCGAGGACGCAGCCGCAGCCGCACGUGCUAUGGAGGAGGCGUUCGCCGAAGCUGGUAUGGAGCCCGGAGCCAACCUCGAUGGAUCCGAUUGCGAACAGAGUUUACCUCCCAGUCCCACGCAACCAAGGUCAGGGUCCGUUUCCGUCAAGGAGGAGAUACAGGACUCGUUAAACAUCAAACGUAGUCCCAGUCACUCUCCUUGUCCGAUCGUGCCCAAAACGGAGACCAGCUCGCCAACCACGGAAACGAAGCGCGCUCGUGUCGAGAAUAUCGUCAGCACGAUGCGUAGCAGUCCAGCGCUUCAAACUGCCACUGUGAACGGUUGCAAGAAACGUAAACUCUACCAACCCCAGCAACAAACGGUGCAUCACGUCCUCCAGCACGGUGUUAACGAUACCAUGAUGGACGACGAGGAAGAGAGCGAGGAGGAGGAGGAUCCUUCGACGAUCAGGCAAAAACGCGAGGAAAAGGAUAACCUCCAGACGCAGCUGAAAAAGUUGCACGAACAAUUAGCCGUGAUGCAGCAAAAGUACAAUGAGCUUACGAGUAGAAUCGAUUCGGACGCGAGCGAAAGCAUCGGUGCUCCCUUAAGUCCUCAGCCACCGCUCAAGCCACCGCAACCUCAUCCACCGCCGUACAACGGACUCCCGGCCCUCCCAACCGAACACCCACAUGCCGCGGCAGCCGCUAUGUAUCACAUGGGACAGAAACUCUACCUCGAACAGCAACAAGCUGCUCUGGAGAGAAUGAAGCAGCAUCAGGAAGCUACUGUCAGGCAACAGCAGCAGCAUCAACAACAGCAACAGCAACAUCAACGGCAAAGUUCUCCACCACCGCCACCGAGUCAAGCACAGCAACAGAGUCAAAGCAAUACCGGCCCGUCCACGCCGCAAACACCACAAAUGCAGCCAGCCAGUACGCCUCUUCAACAUAAAGAAUUCCAGGAAAGGAUAAAUGUUUUUAGAAGUACAGCGGCCGCAGCUAGCUCGUCGGGCCCUCACAUAACCGACGAAGAUCUACAAAGUUUGUCGGAUACGUUGAAAGCAGAGAUCACCUCGUACUUGACGAAUUUAAUCGACAAAGUUGUAACAAGGUUCAUGCAACAGAGGAGGUAUCUUGGAAAUCAAAGCGAGGCGGCGCAAGUCGCUGCCGAGCAAUUAAACAAGGACCUUUUGUUAGCCAGCCAAAUACUCGAAAGAAAAUCACCCAGGACGAAAGUAGUAGAUAGAGGAGCGCCGCAACCACCCGGUGGCCCAAACGGGCCACGGGGGCCCCACAAUGGCGGGCCCCCACCUCCACAGUCUACGGGUUUCCCACAAAUCGGGUCCAUGGGUGGUGGUCCUCAUGGCCCACAUUCUGGCCCCACGGAAAACAAUCUUAACCAAAUGAAUCAACUGCCCUCACACGUGAGGUCGUGUGGCAGGAUGUUUCAGACGCCAAAACCGCCAACGAUGUACAGCAUGGCCUCUAUGCAGGCACAGCAGCAACAGCAACAACAGCAACAUCAACAGCAACGCGAACAUCAGCAAAGAGAACAGCAACAACGGGAGAAAUAUUGUAACUUGAGGGGCGAUGAGAGAGAAAGCAGGGACUCGGAACAGAACGAGGCGCUCUCCCUCGUAAUGACACCGAAAAAGAAACGUCAUAAGUAUUUCCCUCCACAGGUGACGGACACGAGGCUGACGCCGAGGACGGUGUCGAGAAUCCUGGCCCAGGAAGGAGGCGGUUCGCAAGGAGGCAGCGAAAGUCCACCACCCCCGCCUCCACCGAGAUCGUAUCAUCCGCCACCGCCGAUGCUGCCAGUGUCCCUGCCAACCAGCGUAGCGAUACCAAACCCGAGUCUUCACGAAAGUCAAGUGUUCUCGCCGUAUUCACCGUUCUUCAAUCCUCAUGCGGGUCAUCCAGGCCAGGUACCACCUCCGGGGCCACAUCACUUACCCGCGAGUCCUCCUGGUGGAGGUGUAGAUGUCAGGGAUUCGCCUCCACUGCCCCAUCCGCCAUCUAUAUUGCAUCCUGCCUUAUUGGCGGCUGCCCAGCAUGGCAGUCCAGACUAUGGACAUCUCAGGAUGGACAGCAACGACCGGCCCAACGACUGCAACUCCGACGACAUCAGUUACGACGGGAUUCAGCCUACAUCGUCAAUGCUGACACCGAUACAUCUGAGGAAGGCGAAGCUGAUGUUCUUCUGGGUCAGGUACCCGUCCUCGUCCAUCCUCAAGAUGUACUUCCCCGACAUCAGGUUCAAUAAGAACAACACAGCGCAGCUGGUCAAGUGGUUCUCCAACUUCCGGGAGUUCUACUACAUCCAGAUGGAGAAAUACGCGAGGCAAGCUGUUUCGGAAGGCGUGAAGAACGUAGAUGACCUACGAGUUGGAGGUGACUCGGAAAUCUAUCGAGUUCUCAACCUUCAUUACAACAGAAAUAACCAUAUUGAGGUGCCGAGCAACUUCAGGUUUGUGGUCGAACAAACGCUAAAAGAAUUCUUCAAGGCGAUUCAGGGUGGCAAGGACACCGAACAGAGUUGGAAAAAAUCCAUCUACAAAGUGAUCUCGAGGCUGGACGACCCGGUACCGGAGUACUUCAAGACCCCGAACUUCCUGCAGCAGCUCGGUUAAAUCAGGAGGUCGCGUGGCUCUUGCUCUUCGUGGUGCGCGGGCUCAUCAGCGCUCGUCGGCUCCCGGUAUAACCAAGAAACCAAAAAUAUAUAGCGAAAGAAGGAACGGUCAGCGAAGAAGGAUCGCAUCCGCCAGGAGGUACACGUCCUUCGCGUAAAGCGCGUUCAGGUAUCCUUAAACUAACAUAUCGCAAAACGAGCGUGAGAGAGAACGUGAGAGGGAGAGAAAGAAAGAAAGAGAGAGAGAACAUGAGAGUUAGGGAGAUUGUACACACAACGUUCAGGAAGAACGAACGGAACGAAUGAACACGCGACGUACGGAGGCAUCGAUCAUCAGCAGGAACGAUGAGGAGUGCCGACGAAGGAUCAGGCUGUGACCUAAUCACGAGACAAUGUCUACGCGCGAGAUGGGUGGAUAAUUAUUAUACGCUUCGUGCCUUUAAUUACCCGAUCGAACGUCUCUCGAUCGGGACACCGUGAGUUACUAACGAGGCCACGAACUAUCCACCCUUUCCUUACCGUGGACAACACCGAUACCGAAACCGACGGUCUUUGGAGGAAGCAGAAGAAAACAGGACGAAAGCGUGGUCAACGAACGGCAAGGAAUUACACAAUACACAGCUUCGAGCGUCGAGAGUACCUAUUGUUUCGAUUUGUUGCGUACAUAAUACGGUUCACCGAUGAAUAUCGCCUAAUUUUAAGACACUCGUUUCUCCGAGUAGGCAUUAAGGAGCGUAAUAACCCGCGACGACGACCGAUGGGUGGCUUUCGUUCGAACGAACGUCGACGAGGUGUAAACGAUGAUAGCUAUAUUUGUCCACGUUUCUAGAGAAACCGAUGAUACUUAUUAUCUACUGAUGAUGGAGUGAGUUCCGCUGGACGGAUCCUCCGCAGCUUCCGGUUGAGAGGCAGAAGAGGAACCCUUCUCGUGGAUCUUCCGGAAACGACUCGCAACAAACGGAUAAUAAAACCCUUCGUUUCGAGUCGUUUCGAAACGGUAUGGAACAACGAUGGCCAGUUUCACUCGGCAUUCGUCACGCUGCGUACCUCGUGGCAUUUUUUUUUUUUUUUUCUCAAAGCGCGGACCUCGUGAUUCGAUCGCACCCCUGUCGAACGUCGUCUCGGUAGCAUUAGUUUCUAUAGCGCGAUCACUGCAACAGACUGGCUCCGACACAGGGAGAGCCUGGAUGAUUUGUUGUUCCCAACGAGAAUGCUAGGAUGGCGGUUCGUACCGAAUCGACGGGAACGAAACCCGAUGUUCUUUUCUUCAACGGAAGUAACAUUUUUCCAUAAGAAAGAUAGAAACGGCCGGAACACGCAGGAAAACCUGCGUAGGAAGGCUAGCAGCAUAUAAAAUCCCUUCUCUUAAGUUGUACAUAAGAUUUUUGUCUCGUAAUCGCACCAUGUCAAAAUAAACGAAAAAUCGAAGGACACGUUGGAAAUCGUCGCGAAUAUGCUUGGUUCUAUUCAAUGGAAAUUAAAACGUAGAUUAUAACCAACGAUGAACAUUCCUAACCCGGUGAAAGCCUCGAAAAUUCCGUAUUCGGAUGAGCGUGACGCGCGAAUGUCGAAAAACUCGAGCGUAUCGCGGACGCGAUCCCGGCGACGCUCGCGAUCGCGAAACAAAUGUCGAUUUAACUUGGCAAGAAGAAAAAUUCUCUGUCGUUGUAUUUUUCUCGGUUCGAAGUUCGCUCUCGCGAAAACAAGAGAACGAAAACGAAACGCGAUUGUAAACGGGGAGAAAAUGUCCGCGGUGCACGUAUAAUAUUGCGCGUAAAACAAAAGUAAAUUACGUAGAGAGAUGUUUUUAUUAACGAUUAAUUGAUAGAAUAUAAACGAGGUUAGGCUAGUCGCAGUGACAGGAGUACGAGUAACAGGGACGACAACAGGGAGGGGCGAACGAAUGCGUAAACGUACGAGAUAUUUUAACGAAAACGAUCCAGCACCGGCGAUUAAUUUUUCAGAAAUAAAUAAAACGUGUUGUAGACAUUUAGAUUCGGCAAAGUUAAUUCAAACGAACAUACAUAUACGAGGAAAAGAAAAAGUAACAAUUAUCAUCGAGUAACAAUGGGGAGAGAGGGGAAAGUUGAUAUAGAUUAAAAAGAGGCUAAAACAAAAACAAAAAAAAAAACAAUCGUACGCCGGUGCGUAACUAAUAUAAAGUAGAUUAUAUUAAAAACGUAUAUAUGUAUAUAUACACACAUGUAUAAAUAUAUAUAUACCUAUAUAUAUAUGAGAAAAAUUGAAGUAUAAAAGAUAUACAUAGAUAUAUAUAUAUAUGUAUAAUUACAUAAAAUUAUAUGUAUAUAUAUAAUAGGCAUAUAAAACGAAAGACGGAUGUUGGCGCGAUUAAAAUUUCGUAAGGAAUGUGUGACAAAGGGUUAGCCACCCACGCCUCCCUUAUUCCACUUGUAUCCGACUUAUAGCACACGACACUCGCGCGCGCGUACACAUUCAAGAACACGUAUACACAUUCACACAGUUACACAUCCACAUACGCACACAUUAAACGGUGUAUUAGAUACCCGUUUUCAAACGUUGUACAGACCACAUUAUACAUACACAUACGCAGAGGCAAGUGCGGAUUUUGACGCGAGAAUUCAUUGCCCGAGUCUACACAUGUUCUCUUACUACGAACGUUUGGUUUCUUUUUCCCCCUAUAUACAUAUAGACGGUUUUGUAGAUAACUUAUCGUACGAUAUAAUAUGAUUAUUAUAAUUAUACAUAUGUCUCGGGUGGUAGCGAGUUCUUGUAAGUUAACCUAAUUACCUUCUCACCUUUACUACCACUAUUAUUCUCGCUAUUAUGUGCACUAUUAUUAUUAAAAUUAUUAUUAUUAUUAUUAUUAUUAUUAUUAUUAUUGCUAUUAUUAUUAUCAUUAUUAUCAGUACUAUUAUUAUCAGUUAUGUUAUGUAUAUUAUGUGACGAUUUUUGUUUAAAUCACGAUUAUCACGAAGGUGAUCGGCGGUAGUCAUUGAUUUUAUUUGUUUGGUAUUGUAGUUCACCCCUAGUUUCGCGUCGCAUAAGUAUCACCGAACGACACGAUGUCCCUUGUUCGUAAAUUCCUGUCUCCCUUUUGCAUUUCCAUUUUCCUUUUUACGUUAAGAUGGAACCCGUUCUAUCAAAACUCUUUCGUACCCCGUUCAUUCAACAAUACUUUUCGUCUAUGUUUUGACAUUUUAGUUAUUAUUGUGUAUUUUAGUUAUUGUAUCACGACGAUCAUUAUUCUUAUUAUCAUUAUUAUGAUUAUCAUUACAAUUAAGCAUGAGUUUAUACAAGUGUACACGGCAGAGAAAGGGAACAAAUAAAAAAAAAAGAGAUGAAAAGAGAUAAGAGACACGCAUACGUACACGUAUACAUAUACACACACGUUUCUGUAAGCGGUGAGUCUUAACCUAGUCACGAGUCACUAAUAUUUUAAUUUUAACGAUCGAUUUAUUGAUUAUUAUUUUAUUUAUUAUUUACGAGGAAUAAAGACGACACAUUGGACUCUGA